ACAAUUUUCCAAUCCUCCAUCGACGGCGGCAAGUCAUGGCCACAGCCUCUCCUUAUGACGUGGAAGGCGCCGCCUCCUACCUCCCCCUCCCCUCCUCCUUUCAUCCUCCCCGCCAUUCUAAGAAGCUCCUCCCCACCAUUCUCCUCUCAUCCUUCCUCCUCAUAUCAUUAAUUCUCCUCCUCUCCACAAACCAAACCCCACCCUCUCAAAUCAAACUCAACGACGCCGCCGCCGCAGAUCACACCGCACCUCCGCUCUCGCGAGGGGUGUCGAAAGGCGUGUCGGAGAAGGUUUUCCGGCAAGUCAGCAGCAAUGCUUUGACUUUCCCAUGGAACAACAUCAUGCUAUCCUGGCAGAGAACGGCUUUCCACUUUCAACCGGAACAGAAUUGGAUGAAUGAUCCUAAUGGUCCAUUAUUCCACAAGGGAUGGUAUCACCUGUUCUACCAAUACAAUCAAGAAUCAGCUGUGUGGGGUAACAUCACAUGGGGCCAUGCGGUCUCCAAGGAUCUAAUCCACUGGUUCCACCUCCCCUACGCCAUGGUCCCCGAUCAAUGGUACGACGUCAACGGCGUCUGGACCGGCUCCGCCACCAUCCUCCCCGACGGCCAGAUCAUCAUGCUCUACACCGGCGACACCACCGACGCCGUUCAGGUCCAGUGCCUCGCCUACCCGGCCAACCUAUCCGACCCGCUCCUCAUCGACUGGGUCAAGAGCCCCAGCAACCCGGUCCUCUUCCCCCCUCCCGGGAUCGGCUCCAAGGACUUCCGGGACCCCACCACCGCCUGGCUCAGCCCCGGCGGCGACAAGUGGCGCAUCACCAUCGGUUCCAAGGUUAACAAAACCGGCAUCUCCAUGGUCUACGAGACCUCCGACUUCAUCAAAUACGACCUGUUGGAUGGCUACUUGCACCAAGUUGUGGGCACGGGUAUGUGGGAGUGCAUUGACUUCUACCCUGUCUCGUUGACCGACUCUAAUGGGUUGGACACGUCGGUCAACGGAGCCGGGGUGAAGCAUGUGAUGAAGGCCAGCAUGGAUGAUGAUAGGCACGACUAUUAUGCCAUUGGGACAUAUGACCCGAUCGGCAACAAGUGGACACCAGACAACCCGGAGCUGGACGUCGGCAUUGGCCUCCGAUAUGAUUACGGCAUAUUCUACGCUUCAAAGACGUUCUACGACCAUGAUAAGCAGAGGAGGAUUCUGUGGGGUUGGAUUAGUGAAUCUGAUGCUGAAGGACUUGAUCUCAUCAAGGGAUGGGCUUGUGUUCAGUCUAUUCCGAGAACAGUUGUGUACGACCAGAAGACAGGUACGGACUUACUUCAGUGGCCAGUGGAAGAACUUGAGAGCUUACGAGGUGACAGUGUUGAGGCUGAUGUGAAGCUUGGACCGGGUUCCAUUGUGCCGGUUGCAAUUGAUUCUGCCUCUCAGCUAGAUGUGGAGGUGUCGUUUGAGCUUGACCAAGGGGCCGUUGAGGCAGCCCCUGAAGCUGGCGCGGGAUACGACUGCACUACCAGCGGUGGUGCUGCCAAUAGGGGAGUCUUAGGACCAUUCGGAAUCCUUGUUCUUGCUGAUGACAAUCUCACCGAGUCGACACCAAUCUACUUCUAUGUAGCUAAAGGGCCUAAUGGCAAGACAGAGUCUCAUUUUUGUGCUGAUGAAUUAAGGUCUUCCCAAGCUCCUGAUGUUGUGAAAACAGUUUAUGGAAGCAGUGUUCCAGUCGUAGAUGGAGAAAAGUUCACUAUUAGAUCAUUGGUGGACCACUCGAUCGUUGAGAGCUUUGCUCAAGGAGGGAGAAGAGUGAUCACUUCAAGAGUGUAUCCGACAAAGGCCAUCAAUGGCGCAGCGCGAGUUUUCUUGUUCAACAACGCUACUGGAGCGAGCGUCACUGUAUCCCUUAAGAUGUGGACAAUGGGGUCUGCCGAUAUUCGCCAGUUUCCCCUCUGAUUCAUUUGCAUAUACCACAUGCAAUUCUUCUGCAGCAAAAAGCCUCACGUCUUUCAGAGAUGAUUGCUUUCAUUUUUUCAGAAUCAUUGGUUUUUCCCCUCUUUAUUUUGAUGUUUUGUAUCACGUAGAUUAUGUAAGGCUGUAAUAGAGAUCUAUGUUGAUUGUGCAACGCUGGAAAUAAAAUUGCUAUUUGAGUUUUGCGAUUUUA